UAAUUGAAAAAUUGGCGAGAAAAAAGCCAAAGCUCCCAGAAAUUUCGCGUAAAACUUUAUGCAAAAGGACCCAAAAGGCCGUAAGGACUUAUAAGUGCCUUAAAGCAUACAGUACAAAUUCUAUUUCAGAAAUGACCAACGAACAAAUUCAAAAGAUUAUCGAUAAUAUUUCUGAUAAUGAGUUCAAUAUAGAAAAUCACACAAGUGAAAUUUCGACGACGGCUCGUCGCCAAAAUCAUAGAACUGAAAUUCCUGACUUAAAAGAUACCAGAAAAUGA